CCUACGGGGAGGACUUCUCCUUCAUCAACCCUCUGGUGAAAUACCUGCUCUUCUUCUUCAACAUGCUCUUCUGGCUUUUGUAGGUUCCAGAGAAGCUUCAUUUUAACCAGAAUAUGAAAAGCUAUUCUAAGAAGAGAAGUGUCUUUAUCUCCAUCUUCAUCAUGAAAGGAGGUCAUUGGUGAUAUUGUGGGCGUUAUAAGGAUUUUAUAGCAAAGACUGACAUGGUAUAGAGAGUACCCAGCUGAGAUUGGAGAUCGGGUUUGGUCCAAAUAUUGCUGCUGCACCCAUGUACAGUUGGUCAAACAUCACUUCGCUCUUUUGGCCUCAUCUAUAAAGAAAGGUGAUUUCCAUGGUGAUGGUGGGCGUGGGAGUCUAUGCUCGGCUGAUGAAGCAUGCUGAAGCAGCGCUGGCCUCCCUGGCAGUGGACCCUGCCAUCCUGCUGAUCGUGGUGGGCAUCCUCAUGUUCCUGCUUACCUUCUGUGGCUGCAUCGGAUCUCUCCGGGAGAACAUCUGCCUCCUGCAGACGUUCUCCCUCUGUCUCACCAUCGUGUUCCUGCUACAACUGGCUGCUGGGGUCCUGGGCUUCGUCUUCUCGGACAAGGCGCGGGGGAAAGUGAAUGAGAUCAUCAAUAAUGCCAUCGUGCACUACCGAGAUGACUUGGAUCUGCAGAACCUCAUUGAUUUUGGCCAGAAGAAGUUCAGCUGCUGUGGAGGGAUUUCCUACAAAGACUGGUCCCAGAACAUGUAUUUCAACUGUUCAGAAGACAACCCCAGCCGUGAGCGCUGCUCUGUGCCUUACUCCUGUUGCUUGCCUACCCCCAACCAGGCAGUGAUCAACACCAUGUGUGGCCAAGGCAUGCAGGCCCUCGACUACUUGGAAGCUAGUAAAGUCAUCUACACCAAUGGCUGUAUUGACAGACUGGUCAACUGGAUACACAGCAACCUCUUCUUACUUGGUGGUGUGGCACUGGGCCUGGCCAUCCCCCAGCUGGUGGGAAUCCUGCUGUCCAUGAUCCUCGUGAAUCAGAUCAAAGACCAGAUCAAGCUACAGCUCUACAACCAGCAGCACCGGGCUGACCCAUGGUACUGAGAAUCCAUCCUGCACCUCCUCAGUAGAGCCACAGGCAAGCCUCAUCAACCAACAGCAGUGGUUACAGCUCUCAGCACGAAACAGAGAUUUGGAUUCCAGCCCCCGAAAGCAACAGCCCAGUGGAAAGAGCAAACUCCAGGUGGCAGAAGGCGGGGUGCACGGAUGGCGCAGGUCUUGGAAAGAUGUGCCUCCUCUCCCCACCCUAGCUCUCAGCAUUGUUAUUUUGUGUUGUUUCUAACCUUAUGCAUUUGGGUGUGUGUUUUUUGUUUUGUCUGAGCAGAGAUGCUUAAGCCACAGCAGCUGUACACAGUAGUCAGGGUACUAGCUGCUGCUUUUCCCCAAGGCACUCCUGCUACUGAGCUUGACAGGCAUACUCAGUUUCUGGCUGCCAGCGAGACCUGGCUAGAGAGUGGACACCAGGAGCCCUGCCUGGAGUCCAGUUAGCAUGAUACCAGUUCCAGAAGGGAAGCGAGUGGAUCAGGCAAUGAGCAUGGGGGUUGGCUGCGGACAGUUGUAUGUGUUGGGUAGGAGUGGAAGGUGAUGUGUUUAUUAACUGCCUGUCCUGCCAUCCUCCCAGGUAGUCAGAGUGAGCUACAUCCUGCCCCUCCUUCAUUUCCAUGGAAACGUGGCAAGGGAUACAACAGCAGCCAAAUUCAUCCCUUCUCCCCUCCUUUAAAAAAAUGUUUGGAACCAUGGUCUCUAUAUUCUGCAGCCAGCAGAAGUGGGACUAAGCCAUACGUGCCCUUGAAUUCCUCCCCUGUCUGGCCCUCCCUCUCCAGCAAGUGUUUUUUUUUUUUUUUUUUUUUUUUAACCUUGGCAAUGUGCAGAGAAAGAAAGGUAACACCCCUCAUUCCUCUGCACCAGAGCUCGGUAUUUCUACAGAGUAAGCAGGGCUCUUGCUGGGGCUGGGGGAGCCAGAAAUGGCAAUAAAAGUUUGUUGACCUGGGCUAAGCUGGACUCCAUGAAUUUUCCAUUCUGGCAACUAGAAGGGGAGGGGGUAGAAGGGCCCAGCUGGUGAACCCUCCCUCGGAGGGGUCUGGAGAUUCCCCUAAACGCGCUAAGGUACUGCCCCCCCCCCCCAACCAGCUGUGCUACUCCCCUCCCACAACACAGCUCUCUCCGGUCUAAAUUAGAUCGAGAGAUUUCCUAAUUCAUAUCUGGGAGCGGCGUGAUUGUAUCCCUAAUCCUAACAUUAAUUUUUUCCAGAACUAAAGUGAGUUGAAAUUAAUUUGCUACCCAAAACUUUCAGGAUAGCUUAGGGAAGGAUACGUCCGGAAAUCACAGCCUAGCCCUCUCCGCCGGAGGUAAGGGGAGACGAGGAGGAAGAAAGCCAUCUCUUCCCUCCAAGUCUAGACCUUCUAGCCCCCUUCUCCAUCGUUAUCUGAAGGAGCUGGGUGUCCUGGCCCAUCCUGAAUUAGGGAAGACAGAAAACAUUUGGAGCUGGGCGCGCGGCUGCCUCUCGCCGAGAAGAGCGUGCGAGGGCGGCGAGCUGGGAGGCCGGGCUGGCGCGUCUGGGGGCGGGGGCGGCACCGGGGCGGGGCCACGCGGCGCCGUGGGUGGUCCCCGCCCCCGCGGCAGCCGGCCCGCGCCUCAGUCCGCGGCCGGCGAAGGAGGUGCGGGACUGCGAGGGAGUGAGCGUAGGGCCGCGUGGUCCCGCUACGCCGCGAGUGUCCCUCAAGUGUCCCCGCCGCGCCCUGCUGUCUGGGGGCUCAAACUGGGGACUUGGCCUGGCCGGGGAAAGACUGGGGAGAAGCCCUACGGCGCUGGAGAGACGCAGUCGAGCGUUCUUUCCCCGCCCCCAGUUGCUCCUAAGCCAGCCUUCUGCUCCUGGGAGGGCGCCUUUCCAGCAGCCGUCUGGGGCCCCAGCCAAUGUUUAGCUCCAGCUAGUAACAGAACGGAAAGAAAAAAUAAAAUCAUCACAAAUAAAAAAUUAAAAGUAAGGGCCUUUUAUUCUAGGAGAGAAGAGUUUAAAAAAAGCGCUUAGUGCCAGAGAGUUGCAUUUUAUUCUCCUUCAUUAGGUGAUGCAGAACCAGAAUUCGGUAUUAGGAGCUGUGGUGGUGCACCUUCAGGCAGGGUUUGCCGGCUUUGAGGAGUCUACCCAGCAGGGAGCUCGUUUAGGGCCUCUUGGAGGAAAAGACCAGGAACGCUGGUCUGCAGAACAGGGAUUCAAAUACAAAAUCCAAACUACACUUUUACUGAAGUGUCUACUGUCUCUCAGUAGCUAGCCUCUGGCGCUUGAACAAAAGGGGUCGAGAUUUUUCUACCAAGUCCUAGGCUUUUAAAAACCCUAAGCAAAUGUUCAGAACCUUAUAGUGCGAGUUAAUAUUUCUAGCCAGAUUCAUUUCUCUAUCUCUCUAGGUUUCUUUCCCUUUGACCUGGAGCUAAAAGAGAAAAUGCCCCCGUUUCUGAAAGGUUUCUCAUUGUUAUUUCACAUUUUAAUUUAAUUUGCUCCCUGAAUUUCUGUUUCUAAUAACCCUAGUGUCAAGCAUAUGGGGUUAACACCAGUAUCUUAAAACAGCUGUCAAGUCUAGACCUCAAAGGUGGGGGAAUCGAUGGAGGUACUUGGGGCAGAGGAAAUUAGGCUGGAUGAACAGAAGUAGAGAGAAGGUGAAAAUCUGUCUGGGGUGACAUGGCAAGAAAGGUACCUCUAGGGUCUGUGGUCCUCAAACCUUGUAAUUUAAACAAGGACUUGUGUCCAGGAGUACAAAUUUAGCAGAAUUUUCAAUGAAAUUCUAAUUCCCUCUGUAUUUGUUUUCUAUUGCUGCUGUAACAAGUUUCCAAGAAUUGGGAGGCUUAAUACAACACAAAUUUGUUAUCUUAACAGCUUUGGAAAUCAGAAGUCCAAAAUGAGCCUCGCUGAGCUAAAAUCAAGGUGAGAGCAGGGCUAAGUUCCUUCUGGGGGUUCUAGAGAAUCCAUUUUUCCAGCUUCUAGAAGGGAUUUUGAUUCUUUGGUGCCUGGCCCCUUUUUCCAUCUUUAAAGCACAUCUCUUCAACCUCUGCUUCUGUGAUCACAUCUCCUUUUUCUCUGACUUUGACUCUCCUGUGUCCCUCCUAUAGGACCUUUGUGAUUAAUUUGGGCCCACCCAGAUUAUCUCCCAUUUUAAGAUUCUUAAUUUAACCAUAUCUAUAAAGUACCUUUACCAGGUAAGGUAAUAUAUACACAAGUUUCAGGGAUAAGGACAUGGACAUUUUGGGGUGGCCAUUAUUCAGCCUGCCACAUCCCCUUCCCCUUGUCAUGCAUGGCUUAAGGUGGGGAAGAUGCAGGAAUGGGCUAUUAUUGGAUACCUGCAAGAGUUUGCCAUAGGUGUUCAUUCUAAUAAUUACUAACAUUUAUUGUGUUACUUGCUGUGUGCUGGGUACAUAUUUAUUACAAAGUUUGAUAUGUGGGUCCUUUACUAUUUUCUAGCGUGUUCUCAUCCCAGUGACCAGAUUUGUUAACAGGGCCAGGGACCAGUUUCAAAAAAGGGGAAUAGUACAGCUUCUUCCGCCUGAAGUUCUUUGGGUCCAUUAUUCUAAAAAGGUUAGGAAUAUUUUGUAAACCUACUCCCCCACCCCCCAAAAAAGUUAAGAGUAACUAGAUAUUCCAAAUUGCCAUAGAUAAAACACUCAGAGGAGAGAAUGAAGCAAGAGAUUGGAAGUUAAGCUCUGCAGUCGUCUCACUACCAUACCAAGAACCUGGCCAAUCAGAUGACUGGAGUAGCAUAGAGAUUCUAGAAAUGUAUUUAAUCAUUAGUUCUCACUGACUAAUAAACAAGGAGCAACACAAUGAUGAGAGGAAAGGGUAAUCACCAAUAAAAGUUGUUAAGACAAAUGGAUUACAUUACAGAAGAGAAGUAACUGAAAUUCAUAUCUCACAUCAUACAACUGCAAUGCAUUCUAGAGGGUAAAAGAAUUUUUUGAAGCAAAACAAACAGCAAAAAUGAAAAUCAGAAUAUCAUAUUUGUCCUAGCUGUCGAGAACUAGAGUGGACAGCUUUUCAGUGCAUCUGCCCAGCUCACACUGAUUCUUCCUUCUUUGGAAACUGGUCCUCUGCCCCCAAGCCAUAGGGUUGAGUCUUGACAAGUCUUGUUUGUACUGUAAGAUUUGGUCUCCUAGACAGUGCUGACUGGAUCAGGCUUGGGCACUGUAUUAGUAUCCUGGGGCUGCUGUAACAAAGUGUAGUUGAUCCUUGAACAACUUAAGGGUUAGGAGCACCAACACCCCAUGUAGUUGAAAAUCUCCAGAGAACUUCACAGUUGGCCUUCUGUAUCCACAGAUUCAACCAGCCCUGACCAUGGAGUAUGUAUUAAUUGGGGGGGAAAAUCCAAUUAUAUGUGGACCAAUGCAGUACAAACCCGCAUUGUUCAAGAGUCAACUAUACCACAAACUGGGUGGCUCAAAAAAACAAAAUUCAUUGUUUCACAGUUCUGGAAGCCAGAAGUUUGAAAUCAAGGUGUUAGCAGGGCUGUGCUCUCUCUGGCCUCUAGGGAAAGAUUCUGGUGGCCUCAGGCUACCUUGGCUUGUGGCAGCAUGACUGCAACCUCUGCCUGCAUCUUCACGUGGUGAUUUUCCCUCUGUCCCUGUGUCCCAGUUUCUUCUUGUUAUAAAGACACCAGUCAUAUUGGAAUAAGGGCCCACCUUAUUCUUGUAUUACCUCAUCUUAACUAAUUACAUUUACAAUGACCAUAUUUCCAAUUAAGGCCACAUUCUGAAGUAGUGAAGGGUUAGAGAUUCAACAUAUCUUCUUUGGUUGGGGGGGACACAAUUCAACCCAUAACAGGCAUUUAAACCUAUCUGUGCCAAACAAUGUUCUCUCCCUGGGACUUUGGAAUUGAGAAUCAGAUUCUAGUCACAGCCUGGGCUGACUGGUCUGGUGAAGAAAGAGAGGGCAAAAAGAAUCUGAGGCUCAACUUCUUACACUUUAUGGGCUAAGUAGCAGAGAAAGUCUAUCUACAGAAAGAGAAGAAUGAAACAGAUUGGGGGUAGAGUGGAGAAGCAGAGACAAGGGAGACAGAGGAAGGACACUCCUGGUAGCAGCUUUCCCUGCGGUUCAGCAACCUUUCUGCAGCCCCGUGGCUGUUCCUGCCUUGGGUUCUGUACACUUACAGAAAAGCCUGCUUUGCUUGCUUAAGGCAGCUCAACUUGGUUUCUGUUGCUUACAGGCAAAGCUGAUAGGAAAGCUAUAAUCAGAGUUAGGCGCUAUAUUAGUUUUCUAUUGCUGCUGUAAUAACUUACCAUAAACUUAGUGCAUAAAACAGUACUUAUUAUCAUAUAGUUCUGCAGGUCAGAGUCUGAUCCGGGUCUCACUGGGCUAAAAUCAGGAUGUGGGCAAGGCUGCAUUUCUUCUGGAGGUUCCAAAGGAGAAUCUCUUUCCUGCUCUUUCCAGUUCCUUGAAGUCCCCUCCUUCGGUCUUCAAAGCCAGCAACAGCAGACCAAGUCCUUCUCACCACACAUCUCUCUUGUUUUCUGCAGCCAGGAAAAGUUCUCUGUUUUUAAGGAUCCAUGUGAGUAGAUUGGGCCCACCUGCAUAAUCCAGGCUAAUCUUCCCAUCUCAAGAUCCUUAACCUUAAUCACAUCCAUCAGCAAAGUCCCUUUUGCCAUGUGAAACAUCAUAUUCACAGGUUUUGAGGAUUAGUAUGUGAACAUCUUUAGGACCCAUUACUUUGCCUACCACAGAUGCGCAAUGAAAUAUAUCAUGACCAUUUGUUACAAGAUAGAUGGCUGAGAGCUUAAUGAUCUUUCUUUGUAUGGUCUCUUUUUCUUAUAAAAUUUCUUCAUUUUACAUAUUUGAGCAACUCAGUCUGAAGCCUUGACCUCCUGAAGUUUUUUAUGAGGAACAAAGGGUCAACUCUGUCCAGAUUCAAGGACUUUUAUUUAGCUACCUUCUCAUAGCUAAAGUUUUAACUAUCCCAGAAAGACACUAGAUGAGAACAUAUUCCCAAAAGGCUUGAUUGGAGCCAGGACGGAAUGAACAGAAUGGGAUUAAAUACUUAAUUUCCCACUAGAGGAUUGCAUAUAUUAAAAUGUUAUUACUGAAAAAAGGCAGUUGAGAUUCCUCUAAACGGAGAGUCUGGGGUGGAUAUCUUGAUGAAAGUGUUUUCUGGCAGGACGCUGUAAGGACCAAUUUAUAUAUAGACACAAAUGAAGUGUACACCUGCAGGAAGGCAGGUAGACUCAUGCAUUCAUUCAACAAAGAGAAUGUGCCAGUUACCAUUUUAUCACUGAACACACAAUGGAGAACACAAGUUCCUGGCUUCUUAAGUCUACUGGAGGAGAUAGAGUUCUACAAAAUGUUGUAUCUUAUACAUUACAUAUACUAGAAUGUCAGGUAGAGAGAGGCUAGGGAGAAAAAUAAAGCAGGCUCUGAGGGUAGAGAGUGAUGGAAGAGGUGCUAUUUUAGAUGAGGCAAUUACAAAAUGCCUUAAAUUUAAAAAAUGAUUUUAUUCUGAAAUAAUUAUAGACUCACAGGAAGUUGCAAAGAAAUGUACAGGGAUGCCCCAUGCACUUUUCCCUAACCUCCUCCAGUGUUGACAUUUUAUGCAAAUAUAGUGCGAUAUCAAAACCAAGGAAUUGACAUGAGUGUAAUCCAUAGCUUAUUCAGAUUUCACCAGUUAUACAUAACACUCAUUUGAGUAUGUGUGCAUAGUUAUAUGUAAUUUUAUCAUAUGUGUAGCCUUGAGUAAUCAUCACUACAAUCACGGUAUUGAACUGCAUAUAUGAAUUGUAUCUCAAUAAAACUGUUACAAAAAAAUACUCAACUGUGCCAUCAUCACAAGACAAAUCAUCUCUGUUACCUCUUUAUAGCCACAUCCACCCUCCCCACUAUCACUAACCCCUGGCAACCACUAAUCUGUUCUCCAUCUCUAUAAUUAUGUUAUUUCAUGAAUGUUACAUAAAUGAAAUCAUGCAGUAGGUAUCUUUUUGAGACUGGAUUUUUUCACUCAGCAUAAUUCCCUCGAGAUCUGUUCAACUUGUUACAUGUAUGAACAAUUCAUUCCUUUUUACUGCUGAGUAGUAUUCCAUGGUAUGGAUGUACCACAGUUUGUUUAACCAUUCACCCACUGAAAGACAUUUGGUUAGUUUUGAGUUAUUACAAAUAAAACUGAUAUGAACAUUGAUGUACAA